AUGGAAGGCAAGAAGAUCUUGUCCCGUAAACUUCAGUCCACACUGGAGGAGCGUGAUCGUGAUAAGCGAUUGAUCAAGCCCGCGGAUCCAGAAGUCCUUGCUCAGAUGGUGGACUUUGGUUCUAAUGAUACGCUUUCGCUCGCAACAUCAGGAGCUCUGACUCGGGCCUUCCUGGAUCAACUCCGGAAGAACCCGAACUUCAUUGUCGGUAGCACCUCGAGUCGCGCCUUGGAAGGAACGACCAAAUACCUGAAGGAUCUUGAGCUCUACCUGGCUCGGUUUCACAAGGCUGAGUCGGCUGCGUUCUUCAAUUCUGGUUAUGAUGCGAAUGUGGCCAUCUGGUCGACCAUCCCACAGCCCGGAGAUUUCGUAUUACACGAUGAGUAUGUGCAUGCAAGCAUCCAUGAUGGAAUGCGACGGGGACGGGCCACCACCGUCUCCUUUGCCCACAACAAUUGUGACUCCUUCCGCCGUGCUCUAGAAGAUCUUCGUGACCAGCACCCUGCAGUGUUAGAGGGCAGGCAAGUGGUAUUCAUCGCCCUGGAAUCAUUCUAUAGCAUGGAGGGCGACGCAGCCCCUAUUCAUGAAAUGCUUGACAUUGCCAAGAAGACUCUUCCAAGGGGGAAUGUCAUGUUUUCGGUGGACGAGGCACACUCGAACGGCUUGAUCGGACCGAACGGCUCAGGUUUCGUGUGCCAUUAUGGACUCGAGGAGGAAAUCGGGCUUCGCUUGAAUACCUGCGGCAAAGCUUUGGGUUCGAAUGGAGGCGUGGUGCUGGCCAGUCCGACUAUAAAACAGACCCUUAUCAAUUACGCGCGGAAUUUCAUCUUUACCACUGCCCCUUCGUUUGUAGCGUUAGCAGCGGUCAAGGCUGGGUAUGAGAUCAUUGCCAGCGAGGACGGAGAGAAGCGCCGACAACGCCUGCAGCAGAAUAUCAGGCAUUUUUACCAUAAAUUGACUAGCCAUCCGCAAUGGGCUACUGUCAAAGCAAGAGCCAUCAUCCAGCUUCCGACUGAGAAUACCUGGAACACUGGACCUUUCCAGUCGCCCAUCAUUCCGUUGGUGACCCCUGGCGAAUCGACCGAGUUGGCGGAACAGAUGCAACGAGCCAAAUUCUGGGCGAACCCGGUGCGGUAUCCUGUUGUCCCAAGGAAGCUUGAUCGAGUGCGGAUCUCGGUGCAUGCGGACAAUACCGAGGAGCAGAUUGACGCUGUUGUUGAGGUGAUUAUGGACUGGGCGAUGAAGCGAGCUGAGCAGUCCGAAAGAACGGCCAAGUUGUAA